AUGGGUUGGGUUCAACUUGACCUGUGUCUGUUGCCCGCCUUGCCUGUGUCGAGUGCCCGAAUGCCUGCGUUGCCGACUCCCAUCUCUUCGGUCACUUCUCGUGCGUUGCCCGACAGGCAAGGUUGCAUUGCAAUGACUUCCAGUUCCAAGAAAAUUUUGCUGGUGGAGGACAUGGAUAUCAACAGGGUGUUAAUGAGAAAACUUAUGAAGGGAUUAGAUGCGGAGUUGCAUGAGGUGCAGAAUGGAGAAAUGGCAGUGGAUUAUUUUGAGAAGGGAAACACCUGUGAUCUAAUCUUCAUGGACAAAGAGAUGCCCAUCAUGGAUGGCCACGAGGCAACAAGAUUGCUACGUAUAUUGGGGGUAAAGACUCCCAUAAUUGCAUUAUCUGCUGGCGAUCUGCAAUCUGAUAGAGACCUUUUUAUUCAGGCUGGAGCUAAUGAGUAUCAAACUAAGCUAAUUCUUUCUGCAGCAAUUCUAUCAGCUCCGAAUGGUAACAGAUCCGUUCAAGGGAUUUGA